GAGAGAGAGAAAGGCUUUCUUCAUUUCUGGGCCCGUCCCUCCCUUCUUCCGCUUCAAACGAAAAAAAAAAAAAAAGUGACCACGAUCUACAAUCACCUGCGGUAUAUAAAACUUGACACCAGGAACAUUAUAAUAUUAGUUCUUCGAAAAGUCUCAAAUUCGAUUGUUCUCCACUACCGAAUCUUCAAUUUUCCCGCAAAAAUGCUCAGGUUUGUCGUACUGAGUGCUAUCGCCAGCCUGGGUUCCUGUAGACCCGGUAUUGUAGAAACCUCGUUCGGGCAUGAGGACAACAGCGGAGACCACGGACUCAGUUUGGCGAGUAUCGCGCUCUCGGGGGCGAGUCACGGCUUAGGCGAGUCCAGUUUCGGCACCGGGGGCGAAACUCUCGAUUUAGGGGGCGGCGGUGGCGGUUGGGCCCACGGGGGCGGCGGUGGAGGCGGUAACUCCGGCGGUGGAGAUUUCCAUCACGGGGUCAGUAUCGUGGGCGGGGGCGGCGGUCAGGGACAAACCAUCGAUCUGACCAACCAGGGAGACGGACACCAUGGACCUUUCGGGGGUAGUUUCGUCGCUUCUAGUAAAUAUUCGGCCGGCGGACACGGUGGCGGCGGAUCAGACGGACAUCAUGGUUAUGGGGUGUCCGAGGGGGGAGGAUUCGAAGGGCAUUACAGUGAUGUUUUAGGUGCCGGUGACGAUUCUUCGGGAGGGUACGAGCAUUUAUCGUCUUUGGGUUCGUUCGGACAUUAAAACCAAUGAGGAAUUUGAUUUUUUUGAAUUUAUCAUACGGACGUUGUGUCCUCGACUGUGUUUCUUUGCCCUGUAAAUAUUGUUGUUAUUUAGUUUUAUACAUUGUUGACUGCUUUUUUUUAAAUAAAUUUUUUUUAUAAUA